ACCGAGCAGAUACGAGUCGCAGAAGCGCCGCGAUUGGAACACCUUCGGUCAAUAUCUCCGAAACCACCGCCCGCCGCUCGAGCUCUCGCGCUGCAGCGGCGCGCACGUUCUUGAAUUCCUAAGAUACUUGGAUCAGUUCGGGAAGACCAAAGUCCACUCCCCAUCCUGCCCCUUUUUCGGGCAGCCCUGCCCCCCCGGCCCCUGCUCCUGCCCGCUCCGACAAGCUUGGGGCAGCCUCGACGCCCUCGUCGGCCGCCUCAGAGCCGCCUUUGAAGAAAACGGCGGCCGACCUGAAGCAAACCCGUUCGCCGCACGUGCCGUCCGGCUCUACCUCCGCGACCUUCGGGACUCGCAGGCUAAAGCUCGCGGAGUUGCUUACGAUAAGAAGAAAAGGAAGAGAGCGGUUUCGUCGCAGCAGGCCGUGGUGACGUCGCUUGACUUUGAUUCUGGUCAACAUCAUCAGUAUGAGAGCAUUUUGAUGAUUCCCGGCGGUGGUGGCGGCGGUGGUGAAGUCGUAGGCGGCGGCGGCGAUCAGAUGGUGUGUGAUGAAGAGGAGCAUGGUAGUGGAGCUAUGAUUCCAGUACUGUCUGCGUUUCAUUGAAUAUCUGUUGGGUACUAGUUGUGUUUGCUCGUCUCUCAUUUCUUGCUUGUUUCGAGGAAGAAACUGCGUAUUUAGCCGUGCAUGCUUUGAUCCAUGAUCAAUGUAUUGAAGUUAAGAAAAAAAAAAAAAAAGGAAUCUUGAUGAUAAUGAAGCAAUGAUGAUCUUUUUGAUAAAUACAUGAUUGGUUUUGAUUUGUUUAGGGUUAAUUUUUUGAUAUUUCAGUUGACGAGAUUAUGAGGUGCUGAAUUUUAUGAUUGGU